AGGUAGCCUAAUCUUCAAGUGCGCCAUCAUGUUGGCACAUCUCUUGCGAAUUCGGUCCACCCUCCGCGGCUUGAUCGUGUAAAGUCUCCUUUCGAGAAAGAUGUGAUAGAGCAGUUUCGCACUGGCCUUGUCGAAAACACCAGCCGCUGCCCACUCGCGACACCAGCGAGUGUGGUGUGCCCACGUCUCGCGCUCGACGCGGCCAGUGAAGCACCCCGAGCCGGCAGCCACUCAGUCUCUGAUAUCCAGAAACGGCCAGUCGCGUGGGGCGGCCCGCGAUCAGGACGGGGCAGAGACAGAGACGGUGGGGCCGGACAUGGACCGCAGAUUCCUCAUCGCGGUGGGCAGCAGUGAGAGGGAAGGACGAGGAGAUCAGCCACGAGCCUCGAGGCCACACUGUACGCUUUCGCGGUGGCAGCGAUGCGGGGCGCCGCGCGUCGCCGACUUCCGGCGCGAAUCAGGAUGCGAAGAGCUUGCAGAGCCGCAGGGGUGCGAGGCCUGCGCGCGCACCAGCUGGGUCGAAGCCUCAGAGCCUCAGAGCCCUUGAUGCGCACUCUGCGGAUGGGCAGCGCAGCUCUUGUCGGGUGGCCGCCGCCUCUUCCCUCGCCGACAGCUCCCGAGGGCGAUGGGCUGCAGCGGAAGCGCCGCGCCAUGUUUGCAGUGAGGCGCCGCGAGCGUAGCGGCAUGGGAUGGACAAGGACUCAGACGCGCCGAGCAAGGCGAGGGCGCCAUGCAGCGCCGCCGCAGUGCACGGCGAGGUCCAGUCGGCCGUCAACGGGGGCGCGCUCGCCCAUCAUGGCGACGGCAAGGGCACGACGAGGCCGCCGCCGUGGCGCUGGGUCAUGCUCGGGAUCCUCAGCGCGGACAUCUGCGUCAGCUACCUGCCCUACUACACGUUCGUCCCCAUCCUGCCACAGGCACGGCGAGAGUACGGCGUCGAGGAGGACGACAUCAACGUCCUCUGCAUAUUGUACGCGAUAUCCUUUGUUGUAUGCGCUUUUAUUACGGGCCCUGUCGUAGGAUGGCAGCUUGGGAUGCCGUUGGACGUUUGUAUUUGCUAUGGGGUUCACUGCAGGUGGCUGCGCCUUACGCUGUGGGCCCGAGUUCGCAGAUCAGUUCUUCUAUUCAGAUUUUCAGUUGGAGCAGGCGCGGGCCGACGCGGGCCCUGCCUCGAAGGCGCGCGCCUUCCGGUGGCUGCUUGUGGGGCAGGCGUUUUGCGCGCUCGGCCAGCCGUUCUUGGUGAACUCCUGCUCGCACAUGGGAGCGGAGUGGUUCCCGCCGGCCGAACGGCCGGCGGCGGCAAUGAUCUCGAACCUCAUGAACUUCAUCGGGAGCUCGAUGUCCUUCAUGCUGCCCUCCCUAGUGGUCGACGUCCACGCGGAGACGCGCACAGCAUGAGCGACCAGGAGGUCCACAGGGAGCUCUCGGCCCUGCUGAACGUGCAGUUCCAGCUGGAGGGCUUCGCCAUGGCGGUGUCCAAGCCCUCGAGCCCGCAGAUGACCGAGGACAGCCAAGUCGCCGCCCUGCUCGAGCAGAACAACAAGCUCCUCCAAGGAGUUACCAAGCUCCUCGAGGAGCAGAACAAGCUUGCCGACUUGCAGAACCAGAGCCUCGCGUACAUCGCCGAGAAGGCGGGGUGCGCCGAGAUGCGCCAAUGCCAAGCCAGCGGCGAGGCAACCGACGCUUCGAGAAUGUUGGGGAUGUGGUGUCGAGGGAGUUCCGCGCUGUACCACAAGAAUAUUCGAGGCGCCGCGUUGGCGAGUGCCCUCAAGAAUGGAAGCCUCGAGGGGAUCAAGUACGAGGGCAUCUUCCGAGGCAAGGAUCGGCGCCGAAGCGGGCUCUUCUGCGCGAUCUUCUUCAAGACGCACAUCGAGCGGAGCGGCGAGACGUUCAACGCCUUCGACGACGCAGACAAGAGCGUCGAGACGCUGUUCAAGAUUUUGCCGAGCUUCCGAGCGGAGUUUCUCGACGAGGCCAAGACGCACGACGCCAUGGUCGGCGAGAAGGUCCAGAUGAUGCCCAAGGGGCCCGCGGCCGACAUUGUCAGGCGAGUGCUCGGCGAGAUCCCCGCAGAUCUGCAAGCGCUGUACGAGAUCAUGCUCCCAGUGAACAAGCAGUGCAAGCCCAUCUUGCCGAGCGACAGCGACGAGCCAGACGAGGACACGCGCGCGUUCGACGCGGUCGCCUCCGUGCCCGAGGCGGCCAAGCCAUACUUCGAGCAGUUCCAGGCAAACAGCAUCGAGAACUACGAGAACGAGCGCGUCCUCGUGACAGAGGGGAUCGUCGCCUGGUGCCGGCAAAUCGCCGAGUUUGCCAAGAAGCGCCACGAGCUCGAUCAACACGGGUACUUCAUCAAGCGCGCCAAGAUGGACGAGGACACCAAGUACCAGAGGAAGCUCGAGUACGAGAAGAAUUUCUUCGACAUCUACGUCCAGAAGAAGUUUCCGAGCUACUACAAGAUUAUCGAGGAGUACAAGGAGAUGUGCGACGAGAAGAAGCGCAAGCAGGAGCUCAAUACGUCCGAGGCGCAGGGCGCCCCGGCUAGAAGCUCGAGGAUGUCUCAGCCGAGCUUCAUCAAGCAAGAGGUGCGCGCCAAGCUACCCCAGAGUGCCAUUGCCGAGAAUCCCGAUAAGGUCGAGAAGCCUAAGAACCUGAAGCGCGAGAACCUCAAGAAGGAGGAGAAACCGCUUCAGGACGCCAAGGGAAGCGGCAGCGAGAAGCCGCUCGAGGACGACAAGGGCCAGAAGCGCGGCAGACACCUGCGCGAGAUCUCGAGCAGCAGCGACAACGAGGAGAAGCGAGCCUGGCAGAAAGCCAAGCGCCGCAAGUCGGCACCGCAGCCCGAGGACGAGGAACCCGAGGGCGACGAGCCCGAGGACGAGGGGCCCGAGGACGGCGACCCCGAGUCGGUCCACACGCCUGCUCUACACUUGCUGCCCGAGCGGCUCCAGCGCAUGCGGGCGCUCGAGGGAACCUUUUCCGAGGAGAGCCUCCCAUUUGAGAACGCCCAAGACAUGUUCGAGGGGCUGCGGCAAGAGCUCGGGCUCCCACGGCCGCCCGAGAACACGCAGCAGCACCUGGCCGAGAACACGCAGCAGCACGAGGCCGAGGUCGAGCACAGCGGCGACGAGCUCGAGGCCGAGGCCGAGAGUCCGAAAUUUCGAGAGUUUGAGCUACCCAAGGAAGCCGGGAGCGAGACCGCCGAGCCUGACGAGGAGGGCAGCAGGCCCCAGGAGCUAUCGCCCGAGGAGAGCAAGCGCCAGGAGCAACUGCCCGAGGAGAGCUCUCGAGAGCCCGAGGUGCCCGACGACGAGGACAGCAAUCGCCAGGAGCUCGUGCCCGAGGAAGUCAAGCGCCAGGAGCUCUUGCCCGAGGAGAGCAAGCGCCUCGGAGAGGAAUCCGAGGCUUACGUUGUUUUUUCCAGCCCCGACACUGGGGCGACCGAGCCCGCCUCAGACGCCGAGGCGCUAGCCUUCGCGUCGCAUGGGCGCAAGCGGAGCCAGUGGGACCUCGAGGGGCCAGCGCAGGCCGCGAGGGAGUCCAAGCCCACUGUCGUCAAGAAGCCAGCGCAAGCAGUUUCGAGGGAAUCCAAGCCGACAGUCUCGAAGAAGCCGUCGAGGGCGCAGAUCGAAAGGAAGGCGAGCACCGACAAGCUCGACGCAGUCGUCCAGGUCGAGACGGAGGUCAAGAUGGAGACGACGCUCAAGCCCGAGAGUUCAUGGAGCGAGACGGAGAUCGAGACCCACCUCGACCCCGCCCAAGAGGCCGAGCUUCAUGCCUCUUGGAGGGCCGAGAGGUUCAACUCGGGCGAGCUCACGGGGCCCCAGGGCGACGAGCCCCACGUCAUGGACACCGAGGGCGAGUACCAGUUCCGAGUGCUCGAGGAGCAGAAGGCCUGGCGCGAGAGGAUCAAGAACGCCAAGGUUCUGCUCAUCUGCGUCUGGUCCGACAACCCGAUGCACUACACGUACCUCAAGGUGGCCGAGGAGGAAUUCCAGGACGUGGCCAUCGAGCACCGAGACUCUCUCAAGGUGCCGUCCGAGUCCGCCAAGGCGCGCGGGCUCUCCAGCAAGCUCUACGUGACGCUGUUGCUGGCAGGUGAGGCUCGGAGCGCGGCGGUGGCUCGCCUGUAG